AGAUGGCCGGCGAGUAGGUUUGAGAAAACUGCCAACUUUGCCAACGCAUGAUUGUUGUAUGGUGUAGUUUUAAAACAUGUCGUUUUCAGAUUUAUAUGCUAAAUAUAAUUGUACAUACUGUCAAGAAGAAAUAAGCGGAGUGCGUGUAAGAUGUGCCGAAUGUAAAGAAUUUGAUAUUUGUUUGCAGUGUUUUUCACUAGGUGCUGAAAUUGGGUCGCACAAAAAUGAUCAUUCCUAUCAAUUUAUGGACUCUGGGGCGUUUGGGAUCUUCUUGGGUCGUAAUAGUUGGUCGGCUAAUGAAGAAGUUAGACUUUUAGAUGCGAUUGAACAAUUUGGCUUUGGAAACUGGGAGGAUAUAGCAAAACAUAUAGAAACAAGAACACCUGAAGAAGCCAAAGAUGAAUAUAUAACUAGAUAUUUAGAAGGUAGCAUAGGACGUGCAACCUGGGGUAAUGUUGAAAGCACUAGUCGACCAUCCUUAAGCUGUGCAGACAGAGACGAAGGACCCCUUAGCCCCAACGCCGUAUCAAGACUCCCACCUUUAGCUAUAACUCCUGAUGAAGCUGCACAAUUGGGCUACAUUAGCAAUAGAGAUGAUUUUGAAAGGGAACAUGAUCAUGAAGCAGAGCAAUUAAUAUCCACCUUAUCCCUCAAUCCCGAGGAUGAUGAAUUAGAUGUUGCACUGAAGUUAUCUCAAGUUGACAUAUAUACUCGAAGGUUGCGUGAAAGAACUAGGAGAAAAAGACUCGUCCGUGAUUAUCAAUUAGUUUCAGUGUUUUUCAACAACCAGAGGAAUAAACAGAAAACCUUAGGGAAACUCGCCAAAGAGAAAAAGGAGUUCAUGGAGCGGCUGCGCUGGACGGCGCAGUUCUACGGGCGGCUGGAGCAGUCGGGCGUGGCGCUGGGGCUGUGGCGCGAGCGCGAGCUGCGCGUGCGGCUGGCCGAGCUGCACCGCUACCGCCUGGCCGGCGUCACGCGCCUGGAGGAGUGUGCGCACUACGAGCAACACGCCGCGCACCGCAAGCACCCGCACCACGACGUGAGACUGGCGCUGGGCAGCAGUGGGUGCCUGGACACACAGCCGACAAAAGAACAACCGCAGAACAACACACUGCAGCUAAGAAAAAGAGACGUAGACAGCGGCUUAAGUUCCACAAGCCCAAAGUGCACACGGGACGGAAGUAUCGUAUGUGGAUGCUGCAAAAAGAACUCAUGCAACGGCGCAUGCUCGACGCAUCUGCUGACCACUAACGAGAUACAGCUCUGCACCGCACUGAACCUGCCCCCGACGCAGUAUGUGACUAUGAAGGGCGUGCUGCUGCGGCGCGCGCCGGCGCACGACUGCGAGGUAGACCACGCCGUCCGACAUUACCUGCACACCGCUGGCUGGGUGCGCCACUAGCCGCAGCUCAGAGUACCUACCACUAGGUAACUACUCAAGUAGACAAUAUUGAUGUUAGUUAAUAGAAAUGCCCACAUACCUUUAUAUUAUUAGCUCGAUAAGGUUAUAUGGUUACAAGUAACUGAAAAUAAAAUAUUAAAAUUGGUGGUAAAUGAUAGUUAUAAGUUAAAAAUGAUAGUUAUAUCGAUUAUUUAUUGUUUACAAUCAGUUAUAAUAUAAGUUAAUGCUUGUAUUACGCAUGAGUUCAUGAGUGAGAUAUUCAAAACCUUGUUACCGUUACCAGCUAGGGUGUGUAAGGUAUUGUUUGAGUAUGGAUAUUUAGCUAAAAUAUAUUGUUUAAGCAAUUCGGUUAAAAUAAUAUGGACAUUGUAAUUCAUGUAAAAAUUAGUAAGAUUAGUGCUAUUAUGGUUAAAUAUUAUAAAGUUAAAAAGAGCUCAUAAAUAAAUAUAUAAAUAAAUGUUAUGUAGUAAUUAUUCAUCAUACUAUUGGCUUUCAUUUAGUGAGAAUAAAGUUAAAUAG